AUGUCUCCCGAGCUUGUAUCGAAACCCGGCCACUUGUGCAGACGCGUUGUCAACAUCGAUGAUGGCUCCGAGUCUCUUGCCCACCAAAUGGGACUUACCAACAGUCGGCAGGAUCUUGUCAUGUACUUCGACAUCGUGAAUACGGCAGGAACGUUAUGUGACAAGUACUUGCCUCCCGAUCCCGGGAUCAUGAGUAGGUAUACAGCAGUCAAGCGGAAAAUUAUCAAGAAGCUGCUAGAGAAGUACCCUAUCUUGGGACAUUACGAAAAUAACUGGCCACUCAAGGUCAUGAUCCAGUACCAUCGGCAGCUGCGUAGGAAUGGAUCUAAGACUGGCAUCAUUUGUUCACCGAAUAGAAUCUUGAAGGCUACGACGGUCGCCGCUAGACGUAAAAGCGACGAGAAAUGCCAUCGGAUCCUGAGAGAAGAUGAUACACCAGGCAUACCACACCAGGACGGCCCUAGUCGCGAUGCGACCCCAAGCAUUGGCCGUAGCGACGAUGUCCGAGAACCGUCGCCUUCUCUUACUGCUGUCGACAACCCUGCUGAGAGUUCAGCCAUCCCUGUGCCGAUCCUCGACUUUCUCAGCGCUCUCGCGCAAGACUUGAGCUUCUUGCUAGCCGUGUUCAUCAGCCAUGGUGUAGGAGACGACACGUCGCUCCAGAGUAUGCUCCAGAUGAACAACUGGCGCAGCUGGAUGUAUACGUGGGUCAGGGAAGGAGUGUUGACUGAACUGCAGUUCCAAAUGAUUGUCGAUGGACUGGAGAAGUUACUCCGAAAACCAUGA